CCAUCCCUCAUUUACAAGAAGCAAAAUGUCUAUCAUCACAGACGAGAUACGAGCCAGUGCUACUGAGCUCUAUCACGGUGACAAAAUUUGCAAAGAGAAAACAAAGGUUUUGUUAACCGAAGUCGGGUUACCAAACGGGCUAUUGCCAUUGGAGGACAUUGAAGAAUGCGGGUACGUCAAAGACACAGGUUUUGUUUGGCUCAAACAAAAGAAGAAGAAGGAUCACAAGUUCGAAAAGGUUGGGCGGCUCGCUAGCUAUGCAACUGAGGUGACCGCGUAUGUUGAGAAGUCCAAAAUCAAGAAGCUAACCGGUGUGAAGACCAAAGAAAUGAUGAUGUGGAUAAAUUUGAGUGAGAUCAGUGUUGAUGAUCCGCCCACUGGAAAGAUCACCUUCAAAGCUCCCUCGGGCUUGUUUAGGACUUUUCCUGUGUCGGCUUUUGUUGUCGAGGAAGACCAACAACUUGAAGUUAAGGAGGUGUAAUAGCUUGAUGGAGUUUGUGUGUUUUCAAUAAUAUGAUUGUAUUGAUGUAUUAUCUGUAUUAUUAUUUGGGAUGAUGGUAUUGAUAAUGUAAUGUUUUGAAAACGAUGAUGGUAUUGAUAAUGUAAUGUUUUGAAAACCGAACUGGACUGGAAACUGAAUUGGUGG